GGGAGAGAAGGGAUCAAAAUGGAACGCCAACAAAGUUUGAAGUUUCGAUGUGGAUGUUGAUGCUCCAGGCACUCGGGGAAAUGCUGUGUCGAUGAAAGGGACUGAAUCCGAGGCUUAGACGGGAUUAAAUCCCCAAGUGUCGGGCAACCCGAUCACCAGCAUGAGGAUCCGACCGGCUGCCCUCCUGUACGGGGCAGUCGCCGUGUUGUGUGCGACGGCUAUGCCCCGGCAAGAACUGGACGAAUACAGAGAGCGUGUUCGGGCCAUGUUCGUUCACGGAUACGAUUCCUACAUGGAAUUUGCCUUUCCUCUCGAUGAGCUGAGACCUUUAUCAUGCGAUGGUUUCGACACAUGGGGAAGCAACUCGCUGACACUGAUAGACUCCUUGGACACACUCGCUGUCCUGGGGAAUUUCUCCGAGUUCAGAAGAGCGGCCGGUAUCGUUUUAGAGCACUCUGAUUUCGACAAAGAUCUCAACGUUUCGGUUUUCGAAACAAACAUACGAGUCGUGGGAGGACUGAUCUCUGCACAUCUCUUCUCGAAGAAAGCCGGCUUGGACUUGGAAGCAGGCUGGCCUUGCGAAGGCCCUCUGCUCAGGUUAGCCGUGGAUGUGGCGAACCGUCUCCUCCCAGCCUUCAACACCACUACCGGGAUGCCGUACGGAACAGUCAAUUUACGCCAUGGUGUUCCUCCGGGCGAAACAUCCGUCACCUGUACAGCGGGCGUUGGAACAUUCAUCGUCGAGUUCGCUGCCCUUUCGAGGUUGACUGGGAAUCCAGUUUACGAAGAAAAAGCUGUUCGAGCUUUGCGCGCCUUGUGGGAUACGCGGUCGAGAAUCGAUCUCGUUGGAAACCAUUUAGAUGUAGAAUCGGGCAAAUGGACGGCUACCGAUGCCUCGAUCGGAGCUGGUGUGGAUUCCUAUUUCGAAUAUCUAGUCAAGGGCUCGAUGAUUUUGAGAGAGCCCUGGCUUUUGGAACACUUCGAGGCAUAUAGGCAUGCUAUCAAUCAUUAUAUGCGCAAAGACGAUUGGUUUGUCCUAGUCAGGAUGAACUCCGGUGAGCCUACGAUGCCGUACUAUCAGAGUUUGGAAAGUUUCUGGCCUGGGACACUGUCGCUCAUGGGCUACGUCGAAGACGCCCGACGAUCGCUUUACAAUUACCACCAGGUCUGGAAACAGCUCGGAUUCAUCCCAGAAUUCUACGACAUCUCUAGAGGUCAACCGCAGGACAAACGCGAAAGCUAUCCUCUUAGACCCGAAUUCAUCGAGAGUGUCAUGUACCUGUACCAGGCGACGAAGGAUCCGCAUUUCUUGGAAAUCGGAGUCGAUGUACUCACCUCAUUGGAGCACACGGCGAAGACCGAAUGUGGAUACGCUACUGUCAAAAACACCUUAACGCACCUCUUAGAGAACCGAAUGGAAUCCUUUUUCCUGGCCGAAACUACGAAAUACCUCUACUUGUUAUUCGACGUCGACAACUUCGUGCACAAUUUGUUCAUGAACCCCGAUAGUCGUAAUGUUACGACCAGGGACGGCUACACGCGCCAGUGCUUCUUCGAUGCUGGUGGCUAUGUCUUCAACACGGAAGCUCAUCUGAUCGAUAUCGCGCUCUUGGAUUGCUGUCGCUCGGAAAAUCUUGCCUUCGAAAUCCAAUCGAGGUCUGCGAGAAAAUCGCGGCGCGAAAGAAGUCGCCUCAUCAACACAUUCUCGAAUGUGCCAAACUGCAACCAAAGCACGAUAGAGGAGCUGGCCAUGCAAUGCCCAGGAACAUCGGAGUCGCUCGAGGAGUCGCAGGGUCCGGACUUGGAAUGCUUAGCUCAGCACCCCCUGUAUCAGUUCGGCCUCCGUGGUCAGAUCAUCGACAUUCCCGACUGAAGAGAUGAAAGCGUCGACUUUUCUGGAUUUUUGUAUACCAUUCCAGGGCGAUUCUUGCCUUCGUCGAUCUGUGGUUAUCGAUCGAGUCCUCCGUAUCCAUGUGACAGAUACGUAUUCGAGGAUGAAUGAGAUUCCGCAACAGAGCUAAACUCCAAAUGUU